CGCCGUGCUUCCGGCACACUCGUUGCAGGUGGCGGCGGCUGCGGACCUGGGCGAGUUCUGGGAGGACCUGGGAGCCAGGGUACUCAGAAAUCCUGGAGACUCGCUGCGUGAGUGCCAGCUGCGAAGGCUUUUCAGGAUUUAUCUCAGCACUGGCCGCAUGUGUUGCCACCCGAUGCCACCACUCCAUGAGGAGUCACAACCUCGCUGUCAUUGACUGAGGGCCCACUGGAUGCUAAGCACUGUACCAGUUACCGUCGAUUCUUAGAACAGCCUUGUAAGUUUCUGGACCCACAAAGCUGCAGGAACUCCAACGUGGACUAAAGCCACUCUGACAAGGUAGUGCCUCCUUCUGCAGUUUUAUCUGGGCCAUCUAGGUAAUGCCUUCUGCCAAAGUCCUUCCCAGGCCUCUCCUCUGACGUCCCUGAGCCCACAGGACUAUAAGAUGCCAGUGAGAGAUGAAGAGAGGCACCAAUUUCCCCCUUGAAGGACUGAUCCUGAGCGCUUCUACAGACAUUGGGCCAGCUUUACCAAGAUCAUGGCCAUCCAGGAGGUCAACCCCAUGGUUACUCCACACGGUUCCAAAGAAGCUUCCUAUUUGCUACCUCUGAACAAGGAGGACUGGGAAGGACAAGGCAUUCCUGACUUUGUCUAUGGGCAAGAGGAACUCCUGGCCAGAGAGAUUCAAUGGCCCAGGCAUGCAUCUGGCAUGCUGGGGGCUCUGCCACCGUCUCGCUUCGAUUCUGCCAUCUGCUCUGCCUGGAGACAGCGGAUGGAGCUGGGCCUGUUUCGUUACCACCUGGGGGAACUGCAGACCCAAAUUCUUCCCGGGGCUGUGGGGUUUGUGGCUCAGCUGAAUGUAGAGCGAGGGGUACAGAGAAGACGUCCCCAGAGCAUCCAGAGCGUGAGGCAGCCAUUUGACCCGGGACAGUUUAACUUCAACAAGAUCCAACCAGGAGAAAUUCUCUUCCGUUUGCACCGGAAGCCCAAUCCAGCCAGUGCUCUCCAACAAGAGGACAUCCUGGUGAUGAUCAAUGUCAGUCCCCUGGAGUGGGGCCAUGUGCUGCUGGUGCCUGAGCCUGCCCAGGCACUACCCCAGUGCCUGCUGCCAGGCGUACUGCGGGCUGGGGUCGAAGCUGUGCUGCUGAGCCUACACCCAGGCUUCCGUGUCGGCUUCAACAGCCUGGGUGGCUUGGCCUCAGUGAACCACCUGCAUUUGCAUGGCUAUUACCUGGCCCACAGACUGCCCGUAGAGGGGGCACCAAGCAAGCCCCUAGACCCUAGUGGCCAUCUGCACCUGCUCCAGGCCCUCCCAGCCCCUGGCUUCCUCUAUCAUACUAGCGGCCCAGGACCUGACUUAGAAGCCUUGGUAAACAGGGUAUGCCGAGCCACUGACUACCUGACUGAACAUGACAUUGCACAUAACUUGUUUGUGACCCGGGGAGCCCCACCUGGGAAGAGCUCACCUUCCUCAGUCCUCACGGGGGUCCGAGUCAUUCUCUGGGCCCGGAAGUCCAGCUUUGGGAUAAAGGAAAACCAGGCUUUCAAUGUUGCACUCUGUGAGUUGGCUGGGCACCUCCCUGUCAAAACAUCCCAGGACUUCACCAGUCUGACUGAGGCAGCUGCUCUGACCCUUAUCCAAGACUGUCUUCUGCCACCAGCCCAGGCAGAGGAAGUCCAGGUGGCCCUGGUGGCCCUGGUGACCCAGGAGGAGCAGUAAUCAUUCAACUGUGCUCGCUUCAGCAGCACAUGCACUAAAACUGGAAGGAUACAGAGAAGAUUAGCGUGGCCCCUGUGCAAGGACGACACGCAAAUUUGUGAAGCGCUCCAUAUUUUUCUAAUAAAACUACUUAAUAAACCAAAGAAUAAAACCUUGAAAUAAAGUUAACAAAUUACCCUUA